GCCAGUUGGUUUGCUGGAACAAAGUUGCAAGUUUUACUAAAUUGUUAAAAAGUUUCUUCAACGCUACGAUUUCGUAUGUCUGAGUCACAAUGGGUGGCAAUCAAUGCUGCGUUAUAAGCUGCAAGGCGACAUCCCACGACCACCAGGGCAAGAAACUGGACAACGGGUUAUCUUUCUACCGCUUCCCGGCGUGGAAGCAGACCGGAGGGACCCAACUCUCGGACAUAACAAAGAGGCGUCGGAUGGCGUGGAUAGCUGCGGUGGAACGCUCCGACUUAACUUUCGACAAAAUCCCCGUAUCGAUGAAGGUGUGCUCGCGGCAUUUCGAGUCUGGUCAGCCAGCCAAUGAGAUGCUUGAGGACGACCCCGACUGGACACCACACCUGCACCUGAAGCAGGACGACGAGCCCAGUGACACCACCACCACCACCUCCCCUGGCGAAGAUGGAGACCAGCUACAGGAGCCCGGCCAGGACAAUCAGAACGGCGGCGGGGAGCCGGAGUGGAAGCGGGCGAAGCGGUCCGGUUCUGGGUCCGGGUCGGAGGAGUGCGAGUUCUGCUCGGUGCGGCGGGACCAGAUCAACCGGCUGCUGGCGGAGAACCAGGAGCUGCGCUACGAGCUGGAGCGCCGUCGCUACGACGAGCUCUCCCUGGAGGAGGACGACGAGAAGGUGCGCUACUACACGGGGCUGCAGUGCUUCGCCGUGCUCAUGGGCAUCCUGCAGCACAUCCUGCCCCACCUGCCCGACGACGAGGCCGACCGCCGGCGACGACGCAGCUACUACCACCGCGUCUACGACUCCGCCUCCUCCUCCUCCUCCGAGGACGAGGACCACCGCGCCUCCGCCACGGAUACGACCUCCACGACCCGUCUCUCGCCCUUCCAGAAGCUUCUCCUGACGCUGAUGCGUCUGCGUCUCGACUUGCCCGUGGGCCACCUGUCCUACCUGUUCGGCGUCACCCCGGAGACGGUGGCGCGCACGUUCCGGGCGACGGUGCGGGCGCUUUACGCCCAGCUGGGCCCGCUGGUGGCGCUGCCCGACCGGGGCAGCCUCCUGGCCGGCGUGCCCGUGGAGUGGGCCUCGUCCCUGGGGGCGGGCCGCGCCGCGCUGCUGCUGCUGGACUGCCUGGAGGUGCCCAUCCAGAGGCCCAACAGCGCCACGGGCCGCGAGCAGACCUACUCCAGCCAGCGCCACACCUACACCAUGAAGUACCUGCUCGCCAUCACGCCGCAGGGCGCCAUCGCCUUCAUCUCGCCCGCCGUGGGGGGGCGCGCCAACGACAUGCAGGUGGCGGAGGCCAGCGGGAUCCUGGAGCGGCUGUCGAGCGGCGACUACGUGCUGGCGGAGCGAGGCUUCGAGCUCAAGGAGAACGCGGGCCUCAUGUGCGCGCAGGUGAAGUCCUCCGCCUUCGGGAAGGGCCGGCGCCAGUUCGACGUGAAGAGCGAGGAGGAGACGCGGGCACAGGUGGCACACCUACGAGGGCACCUGCAGCAGGUGGUGGAGGGCAGUCAGGUGCGGCAGCACUUCAUGCUGCUGGAGAAGACGGUGCCCAUGAACAUGCUGCUCCCCACGCCACCAGAGGGCGCUCUCACCGGGCCCAACCAGCCGCCGCUGCUCGACAAGAUCGUCACCGUCUGCUGCGCCCUGCUCAACAUGAGCCCCAACGUCAACGAGCUCUACGACCAGUGAAUGAGGGUGUGUUUGUGUGUGUGUGUGUGUGUGUGUGUGUUGCACCCUGCUCAACAUGAGCCCCAACGUCAACGAGUUCUACGACCAGUGAAUGAGGGUGUGUUUGUGUGUGUUGCACCCUGCUCAACAUGAGCCCCAACGUCAACGAGUUCUACGACCAGUGAAUGAGGGUGUGUUUGUGUGUGUGUGUGUGUGUGUGUGUGUUGCACCCUGCUCAACAUGUGCCCAAACACCAACGAACUUAUCAGAUGAGUGAAAGAGAGGGUGUGUGUGUGUGUGUGUGUGUGUGUGUGUGGUGUAAGCUGCUAAACAUGUGCCUCAACAUCAUCAAAUAACCAGGUGUGUGUGUGUGUCUGUGUGUGUGUGAGAGAGAUGUAAGCUGCUAAACAAGUGCCCUAACUUCAUCAAAUAACCAAGUGUGUGUGUGUGUGUGUGUGUCUGUGUGUGAGAGAGAUGCAAGCUGCUAAACAAGUGCCCUAACUUCAUCAAAUAACCAAGUGUGUGUGUGUGUGUGUGCGUGUGUGCAUGUGUGCGUGUGUGCGUGUGUGUGCGUGUGUGUGUGCAUGUGUGUGUGUGUGCGUGUGUGUGUGUGCAUGUGUGUGUGUGUGUGUGUGCAUGUGUGCGUGUGUGCAUGUGUGUGUGUGUGCGUGUGUGUGUGUGUGUGUGUGUGUGUGUGUGCCAUGUAUGUGAUGUGUAAUAACCGUGACCAACUCAUGAGAUCUGCCUCAGCCCCACAGGUUGUUCUUCGCUGAAGUACAACUCAGAAAAAAGGUGCUCUUUACUUACCGUUUACUCUGUUAAUAUUGUGUAUAUAAAAUUAUUCCUUAUUUUUUACUUUUGUACUUCUUGUUUACUCUAUCCCAUGGACAAUGUUUUUUUUAUUUUGCAUCUUCUCCGAUAGCUUUGAGAGCUGGCCUGUUGUACUGUAGCACUGUACUGUUGUGUGGGGUUUUUUUUUUUCUUUUUCAAACAAACAAGUUUUUUUUCGAGGCGAAAGCAGUUUCAUUUUAGUUGAUAUAAAAGUAUGUCUUCUCAGAGACAGUUCUGUAUGACCAUGGGAAAACAAAUACAUUCUCUCUCUCUCUCUGUAUGUAUAGGUACAGUAUGUAUUGCUAGAGGGAGAUUGUUGAAUGGUUCAUGAGUUAACCUGAGAAUGAAUGUAAUUUUUCUGGGGGAAAAAUAAGUUUACAUGCGUGCUAAGGCCUCUCUGUGGCCCACCGUUAACUGACGUCCAGGGGGGCAAACAGAGCGAUUGGUGUGUGAGAGAGACUCCCUGAGAAUGAGCGCGGCGAAGUCGGAGCAGAUAUUACUUUUGUAAAGUCUUUAUUUAAACGCCAAGAGCUUGGCUGACCUGUACAAAAUAGAUGAUAUUAAAGAAAAACAAGUUGUAUGUGCUGUUCUGCAGAGCUGUCUGUGUCGGCCCACGGCGGGUCUGUCGGAGGGAGGUGUUUGCCACAAGGGUCUA